AUGCUACGUUCUCCUCGCCAGAAGAAGCCAAAGAUGGCCAAAGACGCCCCGAUCUUCCAGCGAGGGAAGCCCAGAGGCGAAGUGCGCUACCCUCCUCACGAAGACCCAAGCGGACGAUUCGCCCGUUACCAUCGUGACUUUCGCAUCCACCCGUGCGGGAACAUUGCCGACUAUCCAAGACACAUUCCGUAUAACAGCGACAAGAAAUCGUUCCAGGAUCGGACUGGGCGGGAGAGCUUUGAGGUCUUCCAGUAUACUUUUCAGAUGCCGGGAGAGGAGAAACAGUGGACGGUGAUGUGGGAUUACAACAUUGGCCUGGUCCGAACGACACAUCUGUUCAAAUGCAACGACUACUCCAAGACAACCCCAGCGAAGAUGCUCAACCAGAACCCAGGACUUCGUGACAUCUGCCACAGCAUCACAGGAGGCGCCCUCGCGGCACAGGGGUACUGGAUGCCCUACGAAGCCGCCAAAGCCGUAUCAGCAACCUUUUGUUGGAAGAUCCGAUACGCACUCACCCCCCUCUUCGGCGCCGAUUUCCCAGACCUCUGCACCCAUCCCGAAGACCGAGCCCGCUUCGGCCGCAUGAUUAUCGAUCCCUCCAUUGUCCAGAUAGCAACCGAGAAAGCAAACUACUACCGCACACUCGAGCUCCGGGGCAACCCCCUCCGAGCCGACUACGUCCUGCGCCCUAGUUCCGCCCCCGGCAUGGACAGAGACCUGGAAAGAGACAGGGCAGUCCUGGGCCGCCACAUCCUCCCCAAAGCCCACCACCACCAUCAUCACCGCAGCAACACCUCCACGUCCACUGAUACGUCUUUGAUGGGAUACGGCUCAUCGCCCGAGAUGGAAUACUACAGCAGCGGCACAGAACCAUACUGUCUUUCCCCUGUUAGUCCGAUCCGGAACUCGUUUACGCCUGUGAACACGCCUCGCAGCACGGAUAUCUACCCUCCCACCUCCUCCGCGCACUUCCACCCCCCAGAGCACGAUGUCAUCGCGUCGCUUUCCUCAUUGACUGCAAGAGCACGGAUCCGGAGACUCCGGGCAUCGGAGCGAGCAGGACCUGGCCCAAGACUGAUCCCCAGCUCUGUCCCAACCAGCAUGGCAAUAAUGCACGAAGACAGCACCAGCCUCACCCCAUUAGCAGAAGGGAGCGACAUCGACGCGGAUGCCGAGACAGACCCCGACGUAGAUGCCGAGCACGAUCUUGACCUCGACUACGAAAUCGGCUCGUCCGACGAAUCCUCCAUCUCGUCCACCGUCUCCUCAGGCACGAGCAGCAGCAUGAGCUUGAACAUCCCACAACCCGGCCCGGCCCACUUGUACCGGGGCGCCGAUAAUAACGGCUGCCAACCCUACCGCGACACAGACGAGGCGAUGGCCGACUACCACGCGCCAAAGCGGAUAGCAACAGCAGGAGCAGGGGACCGGAAGCGCGGUCGCGAGAAGAGAGUCCACCACCAACCGCAUGGCGGUCUCGCCGUGGAGACUGAGUCCUCGCUUUCCGGUCGGGCGCAGAAGCACGCACCGACCUCAUCGGACUCUAGACUCAUGUGCGAGAUGACCGCCGCCCAUGCCCUGAUCAGUCUCUUGCACAAUGCCACGGGGAGCGAUGCCGACUGCGAGCCUAGACGAGGGCCCGCCGUCAAGCAUGAAUGCGCUGGUGAGAAGAAUCGUCUCCUUGGUACUGGUGCCGGUGCCACCCUCAGCACCAACGUGCGCUUCGGGUCUGGACAGAAGAGACGCCGCGCGUCUGCUUGA